AUGGCAACGGGGGAAGAUAAACUCAACUUACCGAAGCAACAGCCUGAGGCACCAGUUUCCGAAGAUCCAUUUAGAGCGAUGGCUGAGAUGUUUCAUAAGAUAUCUACUAAGGAGGGCAAGGCAGGUAGUGAGAACUUACAGAUGCUACAGAAGCAGAUGAUAGAUUUUUUGAGAGCGACCAAGGGUUUACCUGAGGCAAGUGGUGAUGUUAAGACAGAGGCCAGUGAUCAGUCAGAGGAUAGUGCACAUGCUGGAGAUGCUGUUCCAUUACAGGUCAACUCAUCUGUUUUGGAUACCCGUUUUUAUAAAUUACCUACAUUUUCUGGUGAGCAUAGUAAAGGGGAAUCAUCAUUUGAACUUUGGCGAUAUGAUGUCCAGUGUCUAAUAGAUGCGAGGAAGAAUGAUGAGGUUAUUCGUCAGUCCAUCAGAAGGUCUCUGCGUGGUCCUGCAGCUGAAACUGUUAUGAGGUUGGGGUCAUCUGCAACGUCUUCCCAGAUAUUGGCAAAGCUGCGUAGUUUGUAUGGUAUUGUCGACUUACAGGAGACACUGUUGGAAGAUUUUUACUCGGCACAUCAGUCUUCAGAGGAGUCUGUGACAGACUGGGCUUGUCGUCUUGAAGGGUUGUUGACGCGUGCUGACCCGUCUUUGUCGUCGGUGGACAGGAAUAAGAGGCUUCACAACAAGUUUUGGUCUGGGCUUCGACAAGAUCUGCGGGAAGUAUCCGGACACAAGGCUGACGCUAUAGAAGAUUUUGAAGAACUUUGUAUUGCUGUGAGGUCCAUAGAAAGAUCACGACAUAGUAAAGAUGGGGUCAAGGUCAAGCCAACCACAGCAAAAUCAGCAACCUCAGCACCAGCUCAAGAAGAUGAGGUUACCGGUCUGAAGACAAUGGUAAAUCAGCUCACUGCAGCUAUUAAGAGUUUAGAGAAGAAAUUUCAGGAGGGGCCGUCCAGUAAUGCUGGAUACAGACCCAGAGGUCAAGGUUAUACUUCUCGAGGACGAGGUCGAGGUUACGGAGCCGGCAACCAGUCUAAACCUAAUGUAAAAUGUUGGCGAUGUAAUCAGUGGGGGCACAUUAAAGUCAACUGCAAGACGGUGUUGCCAGAUGAUUUAAACGAGGAGCCACCUACCCCGAAGGACCAACGGUAGGUGAGAGAAGCACAGGUCCUACACCUAUGGCAAGGUCAUUACGGACAACUGAGUUAGUCGGUAGCACUAAUGAGGUAACCAUACAGGUGGAGGGAAUUGAUGUUGAUGCACUCCUCGACACAGGGGCCACUAUUUCUACUGUUAGCGAGUCGUUUAGACGGGAUUAUGUACACCAUUUACCGAUAAGACAGCUUGAUACCAUUUUGAAGGUAGAGUGUGCUGAUGGCCAGCCACUGCCAUAUAGUGG